UGGUCAUCUCCCGUACUGUGUCCGCAGUCUCUGGUCAUCUCCUGUACUAUGUCCGCAGUCUCUGGUCAUCCCCUGUACUGUGUCCGCAGUCUCUGGUCAUCCCUUGUACUAUGUCCGCAGUCUCUGGUCAUCUCCUGUAUUAUGUCUGCAGUCUCUGGUCAUCUCCUGUACUGUGUCCGCAGUCUCUGGUCAUCCCUUGUACUAUGUCCGCAGUCUCUGGUCAUCUCCUGUACUGUGUCCGCAGUCUCUGGUCAUCUCCUGUACUGUGUCCGCAGUCUCUGGUCAUCUCCUGCACUAUGUCCGCAGUCUCUGGUCAUCUCCUGUACUGUGUCCGCAGUCUCUGGUCAUCUCCUGUACUGUGUCCGCAGUCUCUGGUCAUCUCCUGUACUAUGUCCGCAGUCUCUGGUCAUCUCUUGUACUGUGUCCGCAGUGUCUGGUCAUCUCAUGUACUGUGUCCGCAGUCUCUGGUCAUUUCCUUUACUAUGUCUGCAGUCCAUUGAUUCAGAAUAUUUCUUUUUUGUUUUUCUCCUCUAA